AUGAAAACGCUGAAGAAACAGUGGCUAGAAGCAGUGGGCGCCUACCAAUACGUGCUCACUUUCCUCUUCCCGGGCCCUUUCUUCUUUCUUGUCUUCUCCCUCCUCUUCACGCCUCUCUGGUCAUUCUCUGUUCUCUAUUUGUCAUGGCUCUUCCUGGACUGGGACACAUCCAGCCAAGGUGGAAGGCGGUCUGAGUGGAUUAGGAACUGGGCCAUUUGGAAACACCUAAGGGAUUAUUAUUUUAUCAAGCUGGUGAUAAUGAUGGAGCUGCCCCCAGACCAGAACUAUGUGUUUGGCUCUCACCCAUAAGGAAUCAUGUGCAUCGGAACCUUCUAUAAUUUCUCCAUUGAGAGCAACAGCUCCCAGCAGUUCCCUGGGCUUUGGCCCUCAAUAGUUGGGCUGGUCAGCCUCUUCCACUUCCCAAUCCAUCGAGACUAUGUCAUGCCUACAGGAAUAUUUUCCGUGAACCGCCAGAGCCUGGACUUUAUUCUGCUGCAGCCCCAGCUUGGGCAGGCCAUGGUCAUUGUUGGGGGUGCCCAGGAGCUCCUGUAUGCAAUCCCAGGGGAGCAUCACCUUAUGAAUCUCAAAGGCUUUGUACUACUGGCCCUGAGGCACCGGUGAGGCACCCUAGUGUCUAUUUACUCCUUUGGGGUGAAUGAUAUCUUCAGACUUAAGUUUUUUGCCACAGACUCCUGGCAGUAUCUGUGCCAGACCACUUUCAAGAAGCUCAUAGGCAUUGCUUCUUGCAUCUUCUGUGGCCACUGUCUCUUCUUGGCCAACUCCUGGGGCCUAUUGCCCUUCCCUGUGCCUGUCACCAUUGCGGUGGGCCACCCCAUCCCAUUGCCCCAGUGCCUCCACCCCACCGAGAAGGAAGUUGACCACUACCACAUGCUCUACAUGAAGGCUCUGGAUCAGCUGUUUGAGAAGCACAAGGAAAGCUGUGGUAUCCCUGCUUCUACUCACCUCACCUUAGGGUAG